AUGGAGCAGGAAGUUCCUCAUCACCGCAUCCGACAUCAAGAUAUGGGAAUGUCCACCCAAAAGCGUCCAACCCGGCCAAUGUAUUUCCUCGGACCUUUUGACAUCAUCCAAGAGGCAAGUCACAGAAAGGAUGUAAAAUCUGGAAAAACAUACGGACUUUUCCACUAUUCCAGCUCUAUAGUGGUGGCGGACCCAACGGAGGGCGAAGCAAGAUAUUUAGUUGAUAUCUCAGGAUAUGGAUCAGAAAAUUCGAAGUUGCUGACCGACAACGUGUAUUUUAUUGGGGGCCGACUGCUCAAGACCAGUGCUGGGACCUAUUGCUGUUUUUAUGAGCCCGCCCUCACAAUUUCUAUCGGAAGUGCCAACACCUAUGUAGAUGCCAGGAAACGUUCCAAGUUGAUCGGAAAAGUCAACGUCUUUGGGUUCGGGACAAUCACCCGCGUCGAGACUGUGAGUGGUGUCGGCCUCAACGGCUCUGCUCAGGAGAAUCUUGAGGUGACGAUGAUGCAUCACGAUUGGGACAAUGUUAAACGAACAACAGAAGAUUUUCCAUGUCUCUACACCAUACCGGGCAACUCGGUCCUCAAGAAUGCCCAUUCCUUCUUUAUUGUUGGGCUCGAAGCCAUUAUCAUUGGCAAUAUCACUGGCCUAAAUGAGCAGACCGGAAUUUGGAAUGUCACAGCAUGUCUAUUCUCUAUCACCUCGCCCCCGGGCCACGAUAACAGACCCCCAGCGACCCCCUCCAUUCCCGGCACUCCGGGUCCAUUGAGACCAAACCUGAGACAAAUUGGAGGUGGGGCCACCCCUUCCCCGGCAAGCAGAGCCCUUCCAAGGGAGCUCAGCACUCCCAGACCCGCGGGAAUCCAACCAAUGGCUACAUCAAGCAACGUGCGGCCUAUUCCCGGAGGCUCGAGUAGCCACCGACCUGCGGAUCCGGCAGACAGCUGUGAAGCAGGCGAGAUCUUCGAGGACAACACUCAAGCCCCCGAAGAUGAAGACGACAAGCACUUUGUUAGUACUGAUAAGAAUGGGAAGCGUGUAGCUAAAAGCUUACCCAAGCCAACCCCAACUCCGGUUGCAAACUCUGGCUCCAGCUCAAAGAGCCUCUUAGAGGCCGCAAAGAAGAUGCGAACCAUGUCUUGA